AUGGCCGUUGUUGCACUGCUGCUGUUGAUCGUCCGCUCCUUGCCCGGGGCAGAGGCCGCCGGGUUCUGGGGGCUGGGGAGCGGGAGAGCGGGGCACGGCUUUCUAGUCGGGUCGGAUGGCCCAGAUGAUGACGACAUGGCUGAGGUUUUCGCGAAGUUCCAAGAGGAGCAGCUUUGGGAGGACGUCGAAUAUGCCGGCAUGGAGGUGCUGGAAGAGGAGGUCGCUGAGAAGAAAACGAAGGAGAUAUUUGCGCAAGUCGCCAAGGGUUGCUCAGUCGGGGCACAGAUGACCCUCAUCAUGGGCGGAGGAGCUCUCUUGUUCAGGCUGCUCCCGAUCCUGCUAGGCCACGACCUAGACGACGACGAAGGCGACGACGCAAACUCCCCUUACCUGUUGCAGCUAGACGGCGACCGGCCGCAGCACGCCUCGCUGGACCUCCCGAGAGGCCGCCGGCAACCGCUCUUGACCAACGUUCCGAACGAGGAUGCGGGGGUGCGAUUGCACGGGGAGGAGACAGAGGGCGACGGGACUGCCGUUGUUGUAGGUUUGGCGGUGGCGGAGGGGGAGGGGGAAGGCGGCGGUGGGGCCUUGGUAGCGGAGGCGGGCGGAGGGGUUGUCGUGGCGACGAGAGACGGUGCGGAGGAGGAGGAGGAGGAGGAGGAGGAGGUCGGGGAUGUCGACGUUGUCGUUGAGACUCGGUUGCGAGUUUCCCUCAGAAAGGCUAGGCGGUUGUCUCGGCCCUUCCUGAAGGCCAUGGCGCCCCCGCUGGCCUUGCUGCUGGUGGCGCGCCUGGCGCUGGGGACCGUGUUGGCGCGGAGGAUAGACCCGACGCUCGAGCUUCUCUUUGGCGACGACGUGAUGGACUUGUACUCCACCAACAAGAAGGUGAUCAACAAGGUCGACAUGCCGUUCGCCAAGGACGCACAAGACGUGCCGGGACGGAAGAAAAUGAAGGGGAAGGGGGUGCAGCGACGACCGCGACCAGACGGCGAGGAGGGUAGAGGAGGGGAGGGAGUCGAAACGGAAAGCGAGCCGGAGGCCGACUUGUAGUACACGUGGUCGGGCCUUUCUCACAAAGGACGGGUCACUGAUUUUGCGUGCGCGUCGUUGCAACCUCUCGUUGAUUUUCGCUGCUCGUGGUGUGCGAUACCACGGCUUUUUUCUGCUGCUACCGGGGUACAGAAGUCGUCGUAAAGAUGCGAACAGGAAUUGCUUUUGCUGUGGCGGUAGACCUGAUUUCUGUUUGUUCGUCGAAGAUUUUGCGCAACCUUUGUGCUGUUACGAGUAUCGAUCGCUCCUGUAGGUGGCCGAGGCGAUCUUCGACUCUGUACCUGCCCACACUUGGACACUCCCUCGGUGCGUUGUCCAUUGUUGCUUGGCAUGCACGGGAUGGCGUGCCCUUCUAUUGCCCAGGAGUUCAUCAUCA